GCACAUGGGGUUACCGGGGCCAUCAGUACGAGUUGGAUUAGAAGGUUUCAAAAUUCUCUCUCCUUAUUUAUUUAGCACUUACAUUUGGCUUCCCAAUAAAUUUUGCUUUAGAUUUACAUAAAAAAUUAUUGUGAAACAACCGGGAACAAGGUAUAAAGAACCACCACCUCCACUUUAAAGAAAAAGCACUUUUGCUGAAGAGGAUAUUUACCCUUGACGGUUUAAUCUUCAAAAGAAGAUAUGAAAACUCUAUUUCUGUUUGUGAUAUUGUUGCCUGUGAUGUUCGCUACAGAACACAGCCUCUUUAACAAAACAAAUCUCAAGAUGAAGGAGGAACACCAUGAACACAAAAUCAGAGAGGCACAAGAAACAAUAAUACAAGCAAACAGGCAUUUUGCUAUAAAUAUGUUUAAACAUAUUGCUUCUGAAUCCCCAAAAAACAUUGUUUUUUCUCCUGUUUCUAUUUAUGCAGCCUUUGCCAUGUUAUCUAUUGGUGCUAGAUCUAAAACAGAGAGAGGAAUUCUAGAAAGUCUGAGUUUCAACCAAACCCAUUACCCAGACCAAAUUCAUCCAGGCUUUAAAGAUUUUCUCUUAGCAUUAAAUAAGCCAAAACCCAAUCUACAGGUCAGCACUGGCAAUGUCCUUUUUGUUAAAGAUAAGCUUGAAAUACUAAAAAGCUUUUUGCAGAAAGUGAAACAUCACUACCAGGCAGAGAUUUUUACCUCUAACUUCAAAAACCCUAAAGAAGCCAAGGAACAAAUCAAUGACUAUGUAAAGAACAAAACCAAUGGGAAGAUAGAGGAGCUGGUGCAAGACCUUGAUAUUGAAACUCAGCUUCUUGUCAUCAACUACAUUUUGUUUGAAGGAAAAUGGGAAUCACCUUUCAGUCCUGAAUCAACACAUCAAAGUAAGUUCUCUAUUGAUAAUGCUACAACUGUGGAGGUUCCAAUGAUGUCCCGCACAGGCAUCUAUAACAUUUAUGAGGACAAUAAGAUUCCAUGCAUUGUUUUUCAACUGCCAUACAAGGAUAAUGCUACCAUGUUGCUCAUUGUACCAAAACUGGGAAAAUUACAAGAAGUUGAAGAGGCAUUGUCUGACGAAACAAUAACAAGAUGGGAAAGUUCAGGGGCUAAAAGACGGAUAGAGAUUAAUAUGCCGAAGUUCUCAACCAGCUCUUCUCUUAAACUGAAAAAGAUUCUCAGUGAUAUGGGAAUGAGCAUUAUAUUCACAGAUGAGGCAGAUUUCUCUGGAAUUACAGAAGAUGUCAAUCUCAAAGUGUCAAAAGUUAUCCAUAAAGCUAUUCUGAAUGUUAACGAGGAAGGAACAGAAGCGGCUGCAGCCACAGCCACAAUUGAAACUGUGCCUAUCAUGUUAUAUCCCUCCUACAGUGUUGACAGGCCAUUCCUGGCGUUACUCUACUGCAAAGACACAAAGACAAUACUCUUUAUGUCCAGAGUUGUCAACCCACUAGAGAAAUAAAUAUACAAUUUCAGCAAUGAGA